UGAAGCUUCUUCAAAUGCAAAUACGCAAUGAGACCAUUGCGGACUGCAUAGCUUGGCGUUGUGUAGCAGAAUGGCAAAAAUCAGCACAUUUGAGACGGUCGCACGUCGCAAAAGAUUUGCAUCAGUCGACGAAGAAAGUGAAACGCAACUCUCACGAAACGGUAGCCAAAACAUCGCGUUGCCGUUGCGUUGCACCAGUGGACAAACAGCCAUAAACUCACAGAACACCGAAAUAGUACAAGUCCAAGGCCCAUUGCAACAAGUACGUCCCUUCGACAAAUUCAAAGUAUAACUUUGGAAAGAACACUGUCACUCGUAAUAUAAAUGUAAAUAACGAUACAAAUAUAAAACAUAUCUGUGGCGAGGCGCGUCUGUCAAUUAGAUGUGCUAAUUUAUUGUUGAACAGGCGAUGCAAAAUUGCUUAGCCGGUUCCUGACGUUAGAUACAUGAGACUGAAGAAAUACGGCGAUUGUUAUUACAUUUGCCCUUUCUCAGAGUCAAUGUCUCGGAGAAAUAGAUAAUGUGGACAAACGUAAGCAUGGAUAAGUAAUGUUUUUAUCAUUCGUGACGCAGGUAGGAUGCGCUUCACACUCAGCAGAGUGUUGUCUUCGCUGUGCCUGUGUACUGUUACUAUGCUGACCUGGGUGGUGCUGAAGCAAAUGCAUACAAAGGCCUUCACACAGACGUGCCAUCACCCAACCAAUUUCCAAGAUGAUCUUCAUAAUUUAGCUGACAGAACACACAGAGUUCUUUCUUCCUUGGGACUGACACACUUCCUUUGCUACGGAGCACUGUGGGGCCAGAUAAGACUGUCCCGCUCGCUGCCAUGGGAGUCUGAUGUAGAGAUGUGCCUCCGCAAUGAGGAGCUAGCUAGGAAGGAUGAAGUCUUUCUUCUCAGAGCAUUCCGGAAGCAAGGCCUACAGUUGGCCUACGAUAGUGCGGAAGGGAGGUACACUGUCAAGGAUCCACAGUUUGCUGGUGGAUCUGUGCAACUUAUUGUUUUUGAGGAAGACCACAUGAUAAACAUGCUCCGGAGAGUAGGAUGGAAGCGCAGGGUCCUUCCACCGGACUGCGAGAGCAUGGACUCCCUGCAAUGCUUCCCGCCAAGGCUGAUCACUCCUCCAUUGCCUCAGAAGGAAUUUGGUGGGUACGUCAUGCCUGUACCACGUGAAGGUAUCGAGAUACAGAAGUACCACUAUCCCAGUAACUGGUGGAAGGAAGUGUUGCCUAAGAACUGUUAAAUAUAACCUGGGUAAGAAAGCUUCCUUCAUUAAAAAAGAAAUUGUCAGGUCAGUGCAAUGUGCCACUGACUUAAGAGGGAGAUAAGACAGGAAGAGUGCACAACCAGAAGUCUGAUAGAAAUGCAUUAUCUCAAAGAUGAGGUACUUCUAAAAUUGAGGUUUUUCAGAAGUACUCCCCAUUGUGGAAUGUGAAAGUGUAACUGAAUAUAAAGAAGGAAAAGUGUUUAGAGUCUGUUGUUAUGUUGCCAGUAACUGACAGUUGUUUCAAAAUUUUCAUCAAAUCAGUUAAAAAAAAAUAGUGUGAAUUAAUCUGCGUAAAGCACAGUGUGUUACAAUAGGAAUGUUACAUUCCUGUAUUACUGCAUUUUGCAUUUAACAUAGUUUGAAUGAGAUAGAGCAGACAUC